AUGGCCGUGUACAGGUCGCGCUCGUUGUUUUACCGCGUCUGUCUUUAUCUGUGCCUCCUUACGGUUGUGAUACUGUGUCAGGAACAACUACCGCCUGGUAGACGGUACUAUGGCCGCGACGGUGUGUAUGUGCCACCGAACGGCUCGGAUCACCGAACAGACACUUAUAUUUAUAAAGAUAGAAGGUACGGGUACCGUCCCAGUUACCUGGAUCCUGUUUACAGAGUACCCGUCAAAGCGACGGAGAAUCAAUUUCAUUACCAGGACACAACUUCCAGACUUCCUUUGCCUGGAAUACUAGGUGGUUGGAGGGAGGAUCUACAAGGUAAAGAGCGUCCUGAUUCCAAGAAUUUGGAUAGAGACGUGACUGUUUCUACAACUUAUGGACAGGUCCAAGGAUUCAAAGUUUAUUUGUACGACGAUCCGCAAGCAAAGCACAGACCUUGGAGUUUACCAGUUGAAAGAGUUACAAAACAUGUUAAUGUAUUUUUGGGUAUUCCUUAUGCCUUGCCACCUAUAAGGGAAGGUCGUUUCAAGCCACCCAGACCUCACAGAGGUUGGCAAUUGUUGCAAGCAGUCGAUUGGGGGCCAGCAUGCCCUCAACCCAGCAUGUACACCGGUGCUACUAAAGGAAUCAAGGAUGUAGACGAAGACUGUUUAUAUUUAAAUGUUUUUACACCAUAUAUUGGUUCUGGAUUGGCUCAACCGUAUGCAGUAAUGUUUUAUAUUCAUGGCGGUGAAUUUACUCAUGGAGCUAGUAACUUAUUUCCUGCUCAUAUGUUGGCUGCAUUUUACAACGUAGUAGUCGUAUCGAUUAAUUAUCGAUUAGGAGCAUUAGGAUUUUUAAGCACAGGAGAUGAAAAUAGUCCUGGAAACUAUGGAAUUUUGGACCAAGCUAUGGCGCUACGAUGGGUAUACGAUAAUAUUAGAGCUUUCAAUGGUAAUCCCGAUGCAAUAACACUUUUUGGACCUGAUGUCGGUGCAGCGAGCGCUGGUUUGCUAAUGGCCGCGCCUAGAACCAGUGAAAUGGUAUCCAAAGUGAUAGCUCAAUCAGGUUCUGCAUUGGCAGAUUGGGCAGUUAUAAUAGACAAAUACAGAGCGCAAAAUACGUCCAGAGUAUACGCUGAAAUGUUGGGUUGUAGCAAAGAAAGCAGUUGGAAAUUAGUACAGUGUUUGAAAGACGGUCGAUCCUUUCUUGAAUUGGGUAAUUCCGAAUUGAAACCGCAUAUUGGAAUGUUUCCGUGGGCUCCGGUGUUAGAUGUUAAUUUCACUGUACCUAGCGAUAAUUGGUACGAAGACUGGAGAGUAUCCGACUGGCGUUUCUUUGCGGAAACACCCGAGGAAAGUAUUAAAAAUUACAGAUUCAAACAGAACUUGGCGUACAUGGCCGGCGUAACUACUCAAGAGGCAGCGUAUAUUAUACAUAACAACAUCACGUUAGCAAGGAAUCAAUAUAUAAUAGAUCCAGAAUUAUUCGAUCAAAAAAUUUGGGAACUCGUUCUUCGGUACAAUUACACCCUCAAUCCUCAAGGCGUUUACGAAGCUAUAAAGUAUAUGUAUACGUAUUGGCCGGACCCACAAAAUAUUACACACAUUCGCGAUCAGUAUAUCAACCUGCUAUCAGAUUUCCAUUAUGUGGCUCCCUUUGACAAAAUUGCGAAGCUGUUGGUGGAGAAACGUGUGCCUACUUAUUUGUACGUGUUAAAUACAACCAUAGAAGCGUUAAAACUACCGCAGUGGCGUAGAGUGCCUCAUAAUACUGAACUUCUUUGGCUGACAGGCGCACCAUUCAUGGAUAUUGAAUUUUUCCCCCAAAAAUGGAAAUUGAAACGAGACAUGUGGACGGACAACGAUCGCAACAUGAGUCACUUCUUUAUGCUGGCAUAUUCAAAUUUUGCAACCUAUGGAACUCCUACACCAUCGCAAAUUCUGGGAUUACACUUCGACGUUGCUAGGCACGGACAACUGCGCUACCUGAAUAUUAAUACUACUUUUAACAGUUCAAUCUUAUUCAACUAUCGACAAACCGAAAGUGCCUUUUGGUCUGUUUACUUGCCAACUGUUAUCGGUCGUUUAGUGCCUACGUAUCCUCCUGUUACCGAAUAUUGGUGGGAACCAAAGCAACCUCUGCAAAUCGCGUUCUGGUCAAUUUCUACGGCAUGCCUACUGUUGAUUGUACUUUCUGUAGUAUGCUGUAUGCUUUGGCGCAAUGCCAAAAGACAAUCUGAUCACUACUAUAGCGGGGACAUCUUAAUGGUACGAGAUGACGAACCUUCGGAGGGAAUCGAGAAUCUGACGCGCGCUUCGAAAGAAAACAUUUAUGAAUAUCGCGACGCGCCGACGGUGAAAUCCAGAACGCCGCGGCAAAACGAGGUAAAGCUUCAGGAUCGAUUGGCACAAAACCGGAAGUUCAGUUCGACACCGUCGCUGCGAAGCAAUUCAAACAUCUCCCUGAAGGAUAUGCGUUCCGACGGAUUCGUAACGAGUUCGCCCAACGGCCAUCCGAAGUUGAGCAAAGCUAUGAGUCAAUCCACGCUGUCUAAAAGCAAAAGCAAGACCCAGCUAGUUCAAGGUGUCCCGCAGACAGCUGUAUAAUAAUAACUUUUCAUUGUGUACCUUCCCACCAUGAUUGCCUUAUUUAUUUAAAAACGCAGCUUUCAAAGAUUUUCAACGAAUUAUAAAUCUAGUUGGCACUGACGAACAAUAACACUGCCCAACACGAAUUUUGUUCUGCGAUAUAUACCGGAUGUUUUUAACAAAUCUGGAAGCAGAAUUGUUCUACAUUGCGGAGCAUAACAAAAAGAAAUCGCCUAUUAUAAUAUUACGACAGGUUAAGGAACGCCCCGUGUAUCCGGGAUCGGACAAAUGCAAACACGACUGAAUUUAAUAUUUUAAGGUUCAGUUAAAUAUUUAAUCCGUCCAUGGAAAUGUCGUUGUUGCACGUAUGUAGAUACUUUUAUUUUUAUGUACCACUGUACAUAUUAAUACUUAUUUUGUACCAUUUUUAUAU